AUGAAGUCAACCAUUGAAGCCCAAUCAUCCGGCAACGACGCGGCGGUUCCACCUGUUCCGGUCAAAAACGGUGUCUCUUCCGGCCAUCCGAUCUCAACGAAGCCAGAAGACCUACCGGCGAGUAAUUCGAGGGAGAUCAAACCAAUCCCAAAAAACGGUUCUUCUUCCGCUCUUAACCUCAACGGAGGGCGCAAAGUAGCCGCCUCUGCCGCCGCAAAGGGGAAAGCGAUUGUCACCGACGACGCUGGGAAGAGACUAACCUUCAAGGACAUUUUGCUGACAAUGUUUUCAACUACAGGAAAAUGUGAUCCAGGGUUUCAUCCCCCAAGAAGGAGUGCCACUUAUUUGCCUCUCUUGAAACCUGGUGCAACUUACCGACUCAACAGGUUUUUUGGAUCACAAAGCAAAACCAUAUACCGUGUGGCUGGCCCAACCGUGACCAUUAGUUUGUCAUGGAAUUCCGUCAUGUCUGAAUUCAAAGACAGUAGUGUCUGUUUUCCUGAGGAUAGGUUCCGGUUCCAUAGCCAGAAAGAAUUUGAGGCUGCCGUAGAUAAGCGAGGUGAUCUUUAUGGUGUUUUAUCCAUGUCUUCUACUACUGCUUCAAGGGUUGCUUGGUUUCAGUGCACAGCAACUAUUGAUGAUGUUGUGCAUGGAGCUGGAUGGUACUAUAUAGGCUGUCGUGAAUGUCAUACCAAGGCAAUCAAAGGGCCAACAACUCUCAUGUGUAAGAAGUGUGGGAAGCAUGAAGUUGAUUGUGUGCCACAGUACCACGCGAAGCUAUCUGUAUAUGACCACAAGGAUCAAGCUGUCUUUGUACUUCUCGGUGAUGCUGGUGAGGAGUUGACUGGAAAGAAAGCUGCUGAGUUGGUUGAUAGCUACUACCAGGCCAACGAAGUUGAAGGAGAGGAUCACAUUUUCCCAGUGCCUCAGGCUCUGAUUAGUACUAUAGAACAAACUAGGAAAAUUGUUGUGAAGGUGUCUGCCUAUAAUCUCACUGGCAAGUCCUAG